AUGGGCGUGGAUCUAGUAAAGCACCACGUGCGCAACACUCACCGCACGGCACCCAAGAGCGACAAUGUCUACCUCAAGCUCCUUGUGAAGCUUUACCGCUUCUUGGCCCGCCGUACCGACUCUUCCUUCAACAAGGUCGUCCUGCGCCGUCUUUUUAUGUCCCGCACCAACCGACCCCCCGUCUCCGUCUCCCGCAUUGUCGGACAGAGCAAGGGUCAGGCUGACAAGACCGUCGUUGUCGUUGGUACCAUCACCGAUGACAACCGUCUUCUCACAGUCCCCAAGCUGAGCAUUGCUGCUCUGAAGUUCACCGCCACUGCCCGUGCUCGCAUCAUUGCUGCCGGCGGUGAGGCUCUUACUCUCGAUCAGCUUGCUCUGCGUGCCCCCACUGGCAGCAACACCCUGCUCCUCCGUGGACCCAAGAACUCUCGUGAGGCCGUCAAGCACUUCGGCAUGGGCCCUCACAAGAACAAGAAGCCCUACGUUCAGUCCAAGGGCCGCAAGUUCGAGAAGGCUCGUGGUCGCAGACGAUCCCGUGGUUUCAAGGUCUAA